AUGGGGGGAACACGUAUUCAGAGCGGUUUAGAUCGCAAUGGCAAUGGCAAACUUGAAGCCAGUGAAAUCACUAAAACAGAAAACAGUUGUAAGCCCAAUUUGUUUGCGCAAGGUGUAGCAUUACCAUUUAACGUACUGGGACGUUACCCUGCGAAUGGUACGACCAUUGAUAGCACAUUUGAUAUUCGUCAGGGUGGUUUUGGUUCUGAUGUUGCUGCACAUCCAAGCAAUAAAAAGCAAUUCUAUGCAUUGACCGAUCGGGGGCCAAAUGCAGACUUUACUGAUAAAUUAUAUGGUGCUGGUAAGGUUUUCGCCAUUCCAGACUAUGUGCCGAAAAUUGAUCGCGAUGGAAAAGACAUCACGGGAUUACCCAAUACUUCUGCUUUAGGCGGCACAGGGGAAACACCGUAUGAUGUUAAUGGGAAAGUGAUUACUGUAGAUCCAACCAAGCCUUACGAUGUGGUCAAUAAUCCAAUUAGACUGGAUGAUUAUGGUUUGGAUAGUGAAGGGAUUACUGCACUUAACGAUGGUACGUUCUGGAUCAGCGAUGAAUAUGGACCGCAUAUUGUGCAUUAUGAUGCCAAUGGUAAAGAAAUAGGGCGUAUCAACCCAUUUAAGGCUGAUAAACGCAACAAUUGGACUUUACCUAAUGAGUUUAGCUAUCGCCGUGCCAAUCGAGGGAUGGAAGGUUUAACCAUUAGCCCAGACCAAAAAACUUUGGUUGGAAUUAUGCAAUCGACCAUGAGUUUGCCGAAUAAAAAUGUCAAUAAAUCAACAUUGACGCGUAUUGUGACGAUUAAUCUUGAAACGGGCAAAGUCGCACAAUAUUUAUAUCAGCAGGAGAUAGCUGAAAACUCAAACUCUGCCAUUAUUGCCCUCAGUGCAACACAAUUUCUGGUUUUAGAACGUGAUGGAUUGUUUUAUAAAGAUACGCCAAAUGUGAUGAAAAAUGUCUAUCGUAUUGAUUUAAGCAAAGCCACCAAUUUAGAAGAUAUUCAAACACAAAAUGAUGUCAAACAAGACGAAAAGCUCGGUUUAACCAUUGCGGGCAAGACCUUAGAAGAAUACCAAUUGGAUAAAGGCUGGGACGGUCUGUGGUUGAUCAAUAGUACGACACUUGGGAUUUUAAAUGAUGACGAUAUGGGGCUUUGGAAUAAUGCCAAAGAGGAGUCCUACGUGGCCCAAUAUAUUUACACGAUGAACCGUGUGUCGAAGAUGGUUCCGCCUAAGCGCGAAAUCCUAAAAGACAUCUCUUUAUCAUUUUUCCCAGGUGCAAAAAUUGGUGUACUUGGUUUAAACGGUGCAGGUAAAUCUACCCUACUCCGUAUUAUGGCUGGCGUAGAUAAAGAUUUCUCAGGUGAAGCUCGUGCGCAACCAGGUAUUAAAAUCGGUUAUCUAGAGCAAGAGCCACCAUUAGAUCCAAAUAAAGAUGUUCGUGGAAACGUUGAAGAUGGUUUACGUGAACCAUUAGAUGCAUUGGCACGUUUAGACGAAGUUUUUGCUGAAUAUGCAGCUGAAGAUGCUGACUUUGAUGCACUUGCAAAAGAGCAAGAGAAAUUAGAAGCAAUUAUCCAUGCUUGGGAUGCACACAACCUUAGCAACCAAAUGGAUCAAGCUGCAGCAGCAUUGAAUCUUCCAGCAUGGGAUUCUGACGUAAGCUUACUUUCAGGUGGUGAACGUCGUCGUGUUGCAUUGUGUCGUUUGUUAUUGUCUAAACCAGACAUGUUAUUGCUUGACGAACCGACUAACCAUUUGGAUGCAGAAUCUGUAUCUUGGUUAGAACGUUUCUUAAAAGACUUUGCUGGUACAAUCGUUGCGAUUACACAUGACCGUUAUUUCUUGGAUAACGUUGCAGAGUGGAUUCUUGAGCUUGACCGUGGACAUGGUAUUCCUUACCAAGGUAACUAUUCUUCUUGGUUGGAACAAAAGAAUGCACGUUUAGAGCAGGAAAAUAAACAAGAAGAAUCUUUUGCUAAAGCAUUGAAAAAAGAAUUGGAAUGGGUUCGUUCAAAUGCUAAAGGUCAGCAAAAGAAAAACAAAGCACGUAUGGAACGCUUUGAAGAACUUAACUCACGUGAGUUCCAACAACGUAAUGAAACCUCUGAAAUCUAUAUUCCACCUGGUCCACGCCUAGGGAAUAAGGUUGUAGAAGUUGAAGGCAUCAGCAAAUCGUUUGAUGGUCGUCUACUUUAUGAAAACUUAUCUAGUUCCAACAACGUAAUGAAACCUCUGAAAUCUAUAUUCCACCUGGUCCACGCCUAG